GGGUUAUUUUUUCCGGUGGGAAGAGCCAAAGGCGGCGGUACCCCCUUCCCGCCCCCCCCUCCUCCUCUCCUCCGCAGCAGCACAUGGGAAGCAAAAGUUUUCCUCCUCCUCCUCCUCUUCCUCCUCCUCCUGCUGCCGCUGCUCGCUGCCCUCGCCCCCCGAGGAUGCUCGGGCUCCGCUCGGAUGUCCCGGCGGACAGCGGGGAAUAGAGCGCGGCUGGGAGCGGAGCCGAGCCCGCAUUUUCCGCGGGGAUCGGCGGGGAGAGGAGCGGCGGGGCCGGAAUAAGGCGAUGGUUUAACAGCGCCACGAACCGGGCUGCGCUGCCCCGCUCCGCCAUGGGCACCGGGAUGUGCUCCCGCCGGCACAAGGGGCUGCUGCCCUCGGCGCUGGGCCUGCUCUGCCUGGCCGGCCUGGCCUCGGCCGCGCUGCUCUACGGCCACCUCCAGAGCCAGGUGCGGGGCGCCGAGGCGCUGGCGCAGAAAUACAAACUGCAGCAGGAAGCGCUGUCGGCACAGCUGCAAGUGGUGUACGAGCACCGGUCCCGCCUGGAGCGCUCCCUGCAGAAGGAGAGAGGGGAGCACAAGAAGACCAAGGAAGAUUUUUUAGUGUACAAGCUGGAAGCUCAGGAAGCUCUCAACAAGGAGAAGCAAGACUCCAUGAACAGAUACGGGGCCCUCAGCUCCCAGCACAAGAUCCUGAAGAACCAGCACGACGAUGUCAAGAAGCAGCUGCUGGAGCUGCAGCUGCAGCACAACAGCCUCAGGCUGGAGCACAGGAAGAGCCUGGAGAGCCACAGCCAAAAACUGGCCCAGCUGCAGCAGGAGAGGGACAGCGAGGUCACCAACCUGCAGGACACAGUGCAGAAACUCAGAGAAGAGAGCAAACUCCUCAGGAAAGCUCACCUGGAGGUUCACUCCCAGCUCCUCAGUGCCCAGGCGCAGAUGGAGGAGUUCAGGCAGCUCAAGGAAGCUCUGCAGAAGAUGCCAGGCCUGAGAGGAGGAGGAGGAGGAAGGAAGGGGCAGCAGCCCCUGGUGCCAGCCAGCAGCCAGCUGCAGCCAGGGAGGCACCAGGAUGCGGAGAUGGAGAUGCACAUCCAGGUGAGGAGCCACGAGCAGAGCCCGGCCCCUGGGCUGGCCCUGCCUGAGCCAGGACCAAAAUCUGCAGCAGAAAAUGCGCCAGGGCCAGGCAGGCAGCGCCCAGCAGGGAGCAGAGAGCUGCCACCACACAGCUGGCAGGUCCCUGUGAGCCCAGGGAAUGCCCAGAGGGACCCAGGGCCAGGGCAGGGCCAGCCCAGGAGUGCCCAGGACAGCCCCAGGGAUGGGCACAGGGGCAGCACCCGGACCCCCGGGACAGGGACAGCGGCACACGGGGACGGGGCCGACCAGGAGGAGCUGCAAAUGGAUGCAGGAGUCAUUGACAGGGAGCUGCACUCCCAGAAAGAGCCCGUGGUUCAGGAGCCCAUGGUGCCAGAUGAUGCUGCAGAUCCUGCCCAGGACCCCAACAACCAGGGGGAGGACGAGUUUGAGGAGGCUGAGCUGGAGAGGCCUGACUUUGAGGAGAAGGUGGGAGCCUCGGAGAAGUUCAAGGAGCCCAGAGUUAAAGAAGAGUGGAAGGAGAAGCCACCAAAGGAUGCUGGCAGAGCUGCCAAGCCCAGGGAAGAGCCACUGGAGGAUUACCAAGAAGAUCAGGAGCAAGAAAUUGAGGAUCAUGGAGGGGAGGUGGAUGACAACGACGACCUGGAGCUUGUCCAAGAGCAGAAGGAGCCUGUGGGAAGGCAGGGAGGUGCUGGCAAGAAGGAUGAUUACUUCUGAGAGCUGCUGGAAAUACAGGAUGCUGCAGGAAUGAGGGGAUGGGAGCUCCUCCUGAAGGAAACACUGCCCAGAGCAGAGGCAGGAGGAGAGAACUCCCCCAAACAAAGAGGGGGUUUGCAGAUGAAAAUAUGAAAAUCCCAUCUCAGUGUGGGGCCACUGCUGCCUCUGAGAUCCCUCAGACUGGGGAUGAUCUUACCCUGCUGCUUUUCUUAGGAGCACUUUUUGAUUUACUGUGUUCUUUGCCCUCUCUCGUUCUUCACAUCCCCUUUCUGAGCUGGAGAGGGUUUUUGGGGCUGGUUUUGGGGGUGUUUUUUACCCCCUCUGGGCAGCAGAGGGGUCCCUGGACUCACUCAAAUACAAAGGAAUCUGUCUUCAUAAA